AUGAUCCAAGGAGCUGGUAGCCAACCGCGCGAGGCGCAUAAAUGUCCAGGCAGUCUCACCUGUGACGAGGGGAGGAUACGUGCCCUGAUCCAAACCAGUGAUGGAGAAAGACACUAUUUCUCCGGCACUAUCAGCACGGAUCUAAAUCUCAUUGUCAACAAUGCGCACGUGGAGUACUUCGAUCUCGCUGAGGAUAAACCACACUGCCAAGAGUUUAAGGCAUUCGUUGGCCCUGUUCACGCUAAUUUCUGGUGGCAAGGAGGUGCUAUUCACUUCUAUGGAACAUUGAUGCAUCGCAUUGAUGAUACUAUCGAAGUCUCUGGAGAGGGCUGGUGGGGCGAUAUUGACGAUAGGGAGUACGAAGCGAAUGACGAAGAGCGUUACAGUGAGGAGAGCGACGAUCCGAAAGCAUGA